AUGCGCGUCGCAUCCUUGCUCCUGCUCGCCGUCCUCCUUCUGCAGGUCGAGGCCCGCAAGAAGGACAAAAACCUCAAGGUAUCAUCUUCUCUCGAAAACUUGGUGCUGAAAAAAAUGUCUUCACAUUUUUCUCUGAAUCUAGUUGUUCCGCGUCGCUGAAGCUCGUUUUAUGCCGCAAAUUUUCGUUUUGAAAUACUCAGAAUGAGUUUCUCAAGAGAAACAGGGACCUUUUUUUAAUUUUUUUAAAACCUUUUUACAAAACUUAUUUUUUUCUGAAACGACUUUUUGAGUUAUAAAUUUUGUGCCGAAGCCGCUCGAUCAUUUUUUUCCGUUUCUAAACGUUCAGUUUUUCAAGAGAACCGUCGAAAUUUUUUUCCAAAAAAAUUUUUCGGGACUUAUAACGGCGAAUUUUCCUGAAAACCCACAUUUCCUAUGAUAAAACGUUUUGCAAAAUCGAUUUCGUUUAUAUUUCCUUUUCAAUAGGCUCAUCGUGUAUAAAAAUACAUUCAAGCUAUUCUAAAAGUUCGAAACAUUAUUUAUCGCUAUAUUUCCAUCCCGUAAAUGCACAAGAAUCGGCUCUCACUGUCGCGCCCCUUUGCAAUAAGCCGCGCCCCCCUUGCAUUUAGUCACCACAUCCGCCCCCUUUUUGGCAAUGUACCCCAGAAAAAUAUUCAGUGAGGCUAAUCCCCAUUUCAUAAAAAUUUUUAUGUUGGCCGAUUAUUUUUAAACUUUGUAGCGAUAUUCAUCACUCUAUUUUUUUCCUGCAGUAAAUCUCAAAAAUAUGAAUUGUUGUAAUUAAAGAUUCUUCAAAAAAGUUUUGCUGCCUUUUCAAAAUAUUUUUUCAAACAAGAAAUCUUUCUGUGCCGGAAUGAAGCAAUCUUUGGCGACGCAAGGCAGGAAAUCCUUCAAUUCUCCACAAAUGCGACUAACUGAAAAAAAGUGCAAGGAUUUCUUUAUAGAUUUUAGGAAAUUCUGCGGAAUUUGGAAUGAAAAAAACUUUUAUUAACGAGAAAUAAACUUUUCGAAAAAAAGAAGUCAAAUUCUAUUUGAACAAAUAUUAACAAUAUGACAUUCAUAAUUCACUUAUAAUGGCGUUUUUCAAUGUAAUUUCCGCGAAGUUCAAAGUUGUCUCUGGCUUUCCAAAGUUUAUUUAUUUAUUUUCUUUCUCUGACGACCUUUUGAAAUUCGCGGAAUCACUUUGAACACGUCAUUAGGCUCACAAAUUAGGAACAUUUUUUCUAGAUUUUUAAAAAAAAUUUGAACUACAAGACUCAGUCAGAAUAGAAUUUGAAUAUUUUGAGAAAUUCACUACGACUUCAUGUGAAAACAUGUUUGUAUUACUCUUUGAAAAACCAAAAAUACACUCUGUUGAAACAUUUCUCCGGCACUAGACAUAUUUUAUUCACUUAUUCCAGGUUACCGUAGCGGAUGAGGUCCCUCCUCCGAAAAAAGCGGCGAAAGCAGACAAGAAAAGCUCUGCCAGAGCUGCCUCACCGCCGCCUCCACCGCCCAAAAAUGUCAGUUGGUUCGAAAUUUCGAUGACAUUGCUUCUCAGGUGCAACAACAUCACGUUGACGACGACAACUCGAUAGACGACGUCGACGAGGAUCGAAUCGACGAGAUUCUACGCGACGCCACCAAGAACCUUGUCAUUUUCUUGUGUUGGUUUUUUUUUUCGCAACCUGUUUACAUUCUAUGCACAGUCUGGUUUUAUGGCUUUUUAUUGUGCGUUCGAAGCUACGUUAAGAGAUUUGAAAAAAACGCGGCGGUAAAGUAAUCACUUAAGGACACCUGCAUCCCUAAAGAAAACCCUUGAAUCUAAUUCACUGCGCGAGUAAAAUCAGCUCCGACCUUUAGAACCCCAUAGUGGUCCCUAUAGGGAUUAAGGCGAAAAACAGCCCCUAAGAGAAAGUGGUCCCUGUAGGGGUAAAAUCAAGGUGCUCUUUAUGGAGAUUGAGGGUCUGAAUCCUUAGCCCCUAAAGCUUAAGUGGUCCCUAUAGGGGUCUUUCAAUAAUUCAAAAAACGCUUAUUUUUUUAGUUUUCCGCAUGGAAAUGCUUUUUCGCAUAGAGUACAUGAAAAACCUGUAGGAAAAAAAAUUCUAUCUGAAACCCCUAUAAGGAUCACUUUUUCAAGCUUUAGGGGCUGAUAAAGUGGUCAGUAGAGGGAGCCCUCCAAUGGCCCCUAUAGCUGCCCCUUUAGGGACCACUCUGGAAUUCCUGAGGCGGCAUUACCUUUCCUCGGCGGCGACAUGUGAAUCCUAAAAAACAUGAAUUUUCAAAUAACGUUCAUAUUUUUUCAUUCCAAGUCAAGGUAAUUCAUACGAAGCUUUUUGUACUCUACAAAAAAAAAAAUGAAAAAACAAACUUCAGACGAUGGAAAAGUCCCGUGUCCAACGUGUGCUGAAGCUCUGUCGGAGGUGGAAGAGAUCGACGACGACAUCGAAGCGACCGGCUACGUGCAAGUCGUCAAGACAGACGACCGUGCCGUGGCGCGAGAACUCGGCAUCAACACGUUCCCUGCCCUUGUCUACUUCCGUCGCAAGAACCCCAUCCUCUACGACGGUAUGUUGAACUCGGCGCUGGGGUUUAUCAAACCUAGAGUAUUCCAGGAGACUUCAAAGACUCGGAAACGGUGCUCCGCUGGCUGCGCUCCCACGACGAAGUCGCCACUCUCGACCUGACCGACGACAACUUUGAGACAAGGUCUAACUAGAAAAAUUUCCUUGAAAAUCAAGGGAUCUUCAGAACAGACUCGCAUUCACCAGAUGAAGGGGCUCUCGACUGGUUUGUCAUGUUGUGAGUAGUGAGUCGGGGAAACUCUUAUAAUUGGUUCUUUUGAAGCUACGACGCGGACGAAGGAUCGUGCAACUCGUUCAUUCCGCUCUGGGAGACCGUUGCUCACAAGUUUGUUCAACAUAGUUCAUGUGGCAAAAAAAAACAUAUGGUUUUUUAUAAUCACCAACUUCCAAAUUAACUUGCUCGUCCAAUUUCCCUUCCUUCAUAGGCAAAACCGGAAGGACCCUUUACGGGCCCUUUGAGCGGCCGUUAUGGUUACAAAAUGGUUCCUAAACGGAUGGCAACGGUUUCCUUUUUACUGCCUUUUUGCGCCCUUUCAUCAGUCUCAUUCUACCCUUUUUGGACUUUUUUGAGAAACACAAAUUUUUGAAUUGAGAAUGAUCUUUGCCAGUGACUGUGUAUGAACCAGAAUGGGCUAUAGUAAUGAAAUCGGAAAUAAUCAAUGACCGAGACUUUCAGUACCCUUUUUCCACCCUUUUUGAGGUUUUUUAGCCCACCAAGAAAGAAAGGCUCGAAAAAGGCCGCAAAACGGGACCCUUCUAGCAGCCAUUUUGCACCCGUUUUCCGCACUUUCGACUUUGGCUUUUAAAUUUCGUCCUCAAUGAAAAUUCGGACCGGUUACAAAAAUCUGAUCGAUGAACAACCCUGAACUGAAAGAUGAAAUACUUCCAAACAAAAUAUACUCGAAAAACUAAAAAUCAGGCUUCGUGGACUCGUAAACGUUGGCAAGGUGGAGACGUCGGUGAACGACGACGUCUCCGAGCGAUUCCACAUCGACGACAAAGACUGCCCGGCAUUCUUGUUGUGGGUUCACGAUUCUGCUCUCCAGAUCGACAAUCCUUCAGGUUCCAUCGCGGCAAGGUCUACCGAUACAAGGAUUCUGCCAAAGACGUCCGUAGUCUCACCAAUUUCGCUUUGCACAAGUACAAAGAGCAGCGAGGUCACAGGUUGGGUUUUUUCCUGAUAAGGGAAUUUUGAGAAGCUGGAUGGUUUCAUGAGAUAUUGCUGACAACAUUAAGGUCCCGAAUAAGAAAAUAAAUGAGCUUAGAAGCUGCAGAGUGGUCCCCAUAGGGACUACCUUAGGGGCCCUUACACGUGUUAGAAGGACCAUUUUACCAACCCCUAUAGGGGCCACCAAAGCUUGCAAAGGUGGUCCCUAUAGGGGUUUUGGUUAGUGGCCCUUAUAAGAAACAUGUUAAAAAGAAACAUUUCCAUGGGAUAAAACUGAAUAAAGAAGCGUUUUUUGAAUGAAAUUGAAGCACCAUUAUAGGGUUUACUUGAGCUUUAGGGGCUAAGAUGUCAUACCCUAAACCCCUAUAGGGACCACCCUGGAAUUCCUAAGUAUAGAUUUUGAACAGCUACACGUUUUUCAUAUUUCAGGGUUCCCGAACCACCGACCGCCAUCGAACACCUAUACGAGUUUACUAAGGAAAAAGUUCUGGAUAUCAUGGUAAUUUUUUUUUUUAAUCAAAUGAGCCUAUUCCUAGCUCCCCACACAAAAAGGUGAAUUUCCAACGAUCUGAUCUAUCUUCACCUUAUCGCUUUAUCUUAAUUUUCCUUUUUCCUAUUCAAUGAAGAUCAGAUCAGAGCAGUGAGAACAACUGUUUGAAGCUGUAGAAGCUCAAGGAGUCUGUGUGUUUUUCUUAGGCUAAACCUUAAAUUUAUCUUUUUUUUUCUGGAAUUAUAAUCUAGAGUGAACUCGUUAUUCAGGACGACAGCCAGAUGAUGUCGGUGAUCGGCGUCGGCGGACUGAUUCUCGUCGUCGCCAUCACUCUCGUCGUCAAAGCCUACCGUAUCCGAGGAGAGAAACCCAAAUCCGCAUAAUUAGGCAUUUUAUAGUUUAUAUACAUAAUUAAGUUGAUAAAAUACCUUUUUUUCUGAUUAUAUCUCGGACAUUGGUGGCGCGAAACGAACGGGGCUUAUCUAGUGACCACUUUAGUAGCGUUAGCACUCUGAAGUGAUCCCUAGAAACACUCAGAAACACCCGGUUUUCGUUACCGAGGUCCGGGUAUAAAUUGGAAUUUUCUUAGUAAUGCUGGUGGUUCAAAUCAUUUUCAUCUGAAAUCUUUUUUCUUUUCUCUUCACAAUCGUAAACCUGAUAAAUGUCUUAGUUUUUUGUUUUUUGUUUCAUCUCGAAAACUGCCAGAAUUUCUUGUGGAAGACAUUUUCUGUUCACGGAAAUCUUAUUUCUUGCCCCAUGUUUGCCUUUCUUCUAUUUUUCUCCCCACACUAGACACUUUUUUGUUUUGCCGGUGUUAUCUUAUUUUUUGACUCAGCAGCAAAUUUAAUGAAGUAUGUGUGCAUGAACUUUGUUCGAUAGCCUUAUUUUCGGAAAAUAUCGAAUUUCCUAACUUUUUAGCUAAUGAGAAUAACUUGAAAAUUAUUAUUAGAGCCUUUUUUUUGCUGCUCUUUAUUGUCAUACAACAACUUGUUUAAAAAUUUUUGUUUUGAAUAAAUUCAUAUCCCGUUUAAUUUUAUUCAUAACUACCAAUAAAACAUGUUGAAAUAAGUAUUUUUCUCUCAAAUUUUUUUCUGAUUCUCUGACAAGAAUUAAACGAGAAUUCUGAUUUUUUUAAAAGCAGAACUAGCGAAAGGAGUUUUCAUAUUUUAUAGUCUUCAUGGUUUACUGUCCAAGGAGUAAAACCUGAAGCAAUAAAGAGUUUUUUUUUAAAGCCAGAAGAUCCUAGUAAGUGUUGUCUUCGAAAAAAACUGAAUAGUAAAAAAAAUUAAAACGAAACGAAAAUGAAAAUAAAAAAGAAAAUUGAAAAGGACACGUGGUUGAAGUUCGCCCCACCGCUCUUUUAUGGCGUUAGUUUAGUUGUUUGCGUAUAAGACGCAGUAAUUGACGACAAUUUUUGUACUUGUAAUUUUUGUAAUUUUUGCAAUGUAUAAUUUUUCGUAUUUUCUAUGCAUAGAUUUAUGGCGUGUUCAUAGGAAAAACGGAACAUGCUUCAAAAAAAAAAAUCGUGUUCAUCCGCGCGCCAAAGUUGCUCCAAAACAGUUCGGAUUUUUUUUUUGGGGCGAUUUUUUCCGUUUCGAAGCGAUUUUCGUUUGUCCAAUGAACUCGCCAUUAGUAAUUUACAGUAUUGUUCUGCGCCUACAUAGAAUUUUUCCUGAGUCAUUUGUAGAAUUUUUUGAAGGUCCUACCAAAAAAUCGCAAAAAAUAAAAACCGCUUUUAAUGAGUGACUCAUAAAUUGGCAAUGAAGGUCUAUCACAAUUAAUUACCACAAAGUUGGGGUCAGGUGCUAAAAAACAGCGAGCGGAGACGUCCCGAAUCUUUUCUUGUUUUAACAUCUGGUCUUUCUUUUUUUUUUAAUUUCCGAUAUAUCGCGAUAUUUCCAUACUUUUAUCUGUUAAUGUUUUUGUUUAGGGAUCGUCCCGGCCCUUCAUGCUCUCGCGUUUUGUUUGGCGGUAGAAUCUGUACACUGCUGAACACUAGCGCUCAAAAGACGCCACGAAAACGCGCCCUCUGAGAAUUGUUUGCGCCGUCAAGAACUAGUUAGAGGUUGGUUUUUUAUGUACUGAUUUAAAUUUCUGGUAUCAUGGACAUAUCAUAUUUCAAUUCUUUUGAAUCUCGUUCUGUUUUUUUUUUCAAGACUAUCAAAUUUAAAAUAAGGGAGGUUCACAUUUGAGAUCUUCAGUUAAUUAUGAUCUUGAUUCGAUUGACUUUCAAAAACUUUGUUACUUGCAAGGGCUUUUUUUUCGUUUUGGUGCGAUGCUAUGUCUUCUCGCUUGGCGGCCCCUUAUUGAUUUUUUUAACGAAGGAACGCAGCAUAAGUGCGUUUUUCCUAAAAAAAUAAUUUUUGAGUUCAUUUUUUUCUCUUUCAAUUUUCAUUUCCACUCCAAUUCUAUCAUUUUUUUGAAUCUUUGGAUUAAUCGAAAUUAGUUUUCUUUGAAAAAUUGAGUUGAAACUAACCAUGUUUUUGAAAUUGUUCAAUCCACUCAAGAGGCGCCUAAAAUUUAGUCAACCAUCUAGGAAAGCUCAAAACAUUUUGUAGAUUUUAAAACCGUCGAAUUUUUCAUGAAGAAUUUUAUUGAAUUAGCAUCAAUUUUCUGAGGCUUUGAACCGAAGAGUUUACAAAUUAUUAGACCAUUUUUCUUUUUUUUUUAAUGGAAAUUAGGUUGGACUUGAUUUAUGAGAGUAAUGCAGUAAUUUCCGCGAAAUGCAAAAUUGUCUUUGACUCUCCAAAAUUUAGUUAUCUUUUUCUUUCUCUGACUCUUCUCUUCGCGAACACGGCAUAAAACCAACUUUUGACUGCUUAGAAUUUCCACUCAUUUUAAAAUAUUUCGGAAAAACACUGUUUUUUGGCGUUAUUAAAGUUCUAGUGGAAUUAUAUGUGAAUCGAGGGCUUUAGCGAUCGGGACGUUUCGGUACAGAAGCGUCACUGGCUGUGUAAUGGUCUUGUGCAGUGCACGCGAAACGAUCGAAAAAGAGAAAGUUAGCAAAAGGAAAGGAGACGUAGGAACAGAGGCGGUUAGAGAAACUUCUUAGACCCGACGAGUUCUCUUCUAUCGUAUUCACGUGCCUACAAUUUCUUUUGUGUUCAGCUCAUCGGAUUUGGAAGGAGCUUUUUUUCACUAGUUUGAGUUAGAUCCGGGGAAAAAAAUACCUAGUUUCGUGUGUCCCUUACCUGACAAUUUUCGAAACCGAAAAAAAAAAAUAGAAUAUGAGCUUAUGAAGGAGGCCGUUGCAGUCCAAUUGAGGAACAGAUUUUUUGGACAUUUGAAAAAAAAAACUAUAUAAAUAUUUUUCAAGUCUACAAUGUUUUUAGAACACAUUGUCGAUUCCCAGUUCUAUUUCUAUCCUAUUUCAACGAUUCGCAAAAUCUUUAUCUUUCUGAAAGGCACAAAACCAUAGGCAAAGUAGGAAAAUGUGGAAAGUGCUUCAUAGAUAUGUUCCUUUUUGCUGCCUUUUUGCGCCAUUUCAUCGGCUUUUAUGCAUCAUUUUUGCUGCCUCUCCUUUUUCCUCCUUUCCUUGAGCCUUUGAAGUUCUAGAAAAAAUGUUUUUCUCGAUAAAGGGACUUUUUUGCUGCCUUUUUUGAGCUGCUCCCUUUUAGCUGCCAUUAUCCACCAUUCCGACUUUGCCCGAGACAUUAACGACUCUAAUUUUCAUUUGAUGUUGAAAACAAAAUUAAUGAGUGAAUGAAAUUUUUAAUGAAGUAUUGAUAGCUAGAAAAAAUCAAUAUUCAGUUUUUUCUCCUUUCCCAGGUGUUUCGAAAAAAGUUGAAUCGUAACAUUCUAGUUCAAAACUAAGAAGAAAAAGUCUUCUCUAAUACCGUAGAUUUGUUUCGUUUGUUCGUUUCGUUGGUUUUUUGCCAAUUGUCUCUCAGCCGCUCUCUGCACGUCGGUUUCGCACCUUGAUAAGUGCGAUAAGGAGAAGUGGUGCCCGAGUGACUGAUAGCAGGUUAUUGGGACGUCGGUGGAACUCCCUGCCGUCUCAAAGAAAUACAAAUUUUCCGUUCCAAAAUGAAAACGGGCAAGUCAACAUGUUUCCUUUUCGAUUUGUUCCCUAUCUUUCAUCUUCUCAGUUCUUCUUCUUCUCCUUUUUCCCAUCUUUUGCCAGUUUCACAGUUUUUUUUUCUUAUUCUUCUUCCCUGCUCUCUAUUGAAUUUUUCCAUGUUUCCUCUUACCAUGUGAAAAUUAAUCUCACGUCAGAGUCAUUUCUCAUUUCUUCUUCGAUUGAAAAAAAAAUAGAAAGUUUUCGAUUCUACCCAGGUUUAUGCAUAGAAAACACGUAGAACUGUUGGCUAGGUUAUGCCGGAUUCGAAAUGCCAAAAGAAAGACAAGUCCGAACAUCGUUGGAACACGGAUACGAGGGCAAGUCGAUCGAUUUCGCUUGGCCUCCACGCCCUCGUCUCUUGCAUCAACAAUAUUCUACUGGAGCGCCCUUGUUGCAAUUCACACACACACACACUCACGCUCGCACACGCACACAGAAACUCACGAAUUUGCACUCAGGGCCCUGCGCUCACACAAGCACACCAUUCACGGUUCUUACUGGCAAAGAAGAUCUCGGCGCCGCUUCUUGCUCAUUUUUCUCCAGAGAAGAUUGCAGUUUUAAAAGAACAGUUUCUUACUAAUUUUCUCAUUCAUUUCUUGACCCCAGGGAACGUUUUUUACACCCCCUGGUUGAACUUUUUAUGGAACUUCGCUGAAGUGUACUUUAGGAUCUUCUGAUCCAAGAACAAGGAAAAAAUUUCGCAAAACAGAUUUUAUUUUGGGAUAAGCUUGAAAUAACUUUUUUUGUCAUUUGCAUAUUUUGCAGAAUUUGAAGCUUCAUAACUCGAAAACAAGAUCUAUUCCGAUUUUUUUCUGUUCUGGAAUCAGAAGGCCAUAAAGUGCACUUCAGUAAAGUUACAUCAAAAGUUCUGCUGCGGGGUAAAAACGUUCCCUAUCAAGCAUCUUUUUUUACGAAAUAGUCCUGUGUUAAAGGAUAAAUAUCUUCCCUUUCCAAUACGGAAGCAAGCUUUCGUGAUCAUAUUCAUGUAAAACUACCUCGUUGUCUCAAAUUUUUCGUCUCGUCUCUAGUCUAGAACCUCGAAAUUUAUAUAUGUUUCAGAGAGAAAAACACGGGUGCGUCUACGCGUUGGACGAAACUCAGCGUAGAGCGCUCCUUGUGUUGAUACACGGAAAAGAGCGGUGAAAGUGGGAUCCGGAGGCCUGAUGGUGGAGUACUGAGUACAAUAACAAUAAUCGUUUCUUCGGUGGCGUUCUGAGCACGGGUACACGACGCAACAUGCCAACUUCUUGGGAAAAGAUCUUCGAGUAAGUUUUCGGAGAGUAACGCUAGUUGUACCUGUAAUCAGGUUUUUAUGAAAAGACAAUGAAUUAAUGAAAAAGGGAAGUAUUUUCGGUUGAUUUCGAUAGAAAGGUAGUUAUGAAAUUCCUUCCCCGAAGACAGAAGGAGCAAUGAUAAUGAAGCCUUCUAAAACCUUCUCCCUUUUGUUUCUUGGAAAAAAACCUGGCUGACAGAAAAAACUAUGGCUGACAAAAGGUAGAGGCUCAAAAAAGGCUGGAGAAAGGUAGCAAAAAGAGUCCCUUUAUCGAGCCUUCCAUUUUUUUUGGGGGGUUUCAAAGGCUCAAGAAAUGGUGGAAAAAGGGAGAGGCUACGAAAAUGGUCCAUAAGAGCCCAUGAAAUGACGCAAAAAGGCACCAAAAAGGAACAUUUAUGGAGCCUUUUUCCACCUUUCCGAUUUCGCCUUUGUAAAUCCCCGCUGAGAAAAGCUUUCAUUUACAAUAUAGGUUUUUUUCUCCAAUAGAAGCCUAGAAUUUCUUCUACUUGCAAAAUAUUGCCAAACUGUAGCUUUUUCCCGAUUGACCGAUUCUCGAUGAAGAGUUUUGACAGGCAGCCUUAUCGCCUUUUACCGUAUCAGUUCAUUUUUUCAUUUUUUUUUUCUGUCUGCAGCUACACCUCGCAGCAUAACACCUACGAUGAUCUUCUUCGACAGACGAUCAACCUUAUCUUCUAUGCGCCGGGCGCGUUGUCGCCUUGCGUCCGCCACUACAUUGCACUUAUGGUAAUUGUCGUGGUUUUUCGGCAAAGAUAACUUUUUUUGUGAAAAGAAAGUUCAGGAAAAGCAGGACCAAGGGUGGUCGUAAGACUGACUGAACAGUAGGAAAAGAAACUUGAAAAAAAAGGUUUAGUGGUGAAGUUUCUAGAAUAGUUUGGCAAGCUUGGUUCUGCUUUUCCUAAAUUUUCACUUCGCGGAUCUUUUUUUCAUAAGAACAGAAUAGAGAAUUUUUUCCUAAAGAUUAUUGCCGUUUUUAAACCGUUCAUCAGUUUUAAGCAAAACAAAUUUAAGGUUUCGAGGCACCUAGCCGAAAAAUACGGAAAUCGAUAUGACAUAAGUUUAAGAAAAUCGAUAUGGCAGAGUUUCAUUCGUAAGGGGGGAUGGAAAAAAAUCGAUAUGAUAACUUCUUGAAAGUUAACCAAUAGCUUGAAAAAAAUAAUAGAAAGUUCAAAUAGUGAAUUUUGUUUUUCAAGAGGGAGGCGGUCAAAAAGAUUAUUUUUUUCGUUUCGUAUUUAUUCAUUUGUUUUUUUCAAAUGGUUAUCAUUGACUAUAGAUUAACAAAAUUCAAGUUCUAAAUGUUGGAAAGAUGUUUAAAAACUCAAGAAGAUAAAUAAAUUGGGAAAAAAAAAUUCCAGUUGGGUGACGCCUAUGUAUAAAUAAGGUUUUUUUCACCAGAAAGGCAGCCAGGAUAUUAUACGUUAUCUAUAGUAAAACCACUGUAGGAAAGAUUUCGAAUCAUAAAUGAAAAAGCUUCAGUUGAAACAAAUAUUGCAGGCGGCGACUCGGCACCGUUGCUUCUUCUUGAUCGAUUUGCACAGGACCGAGUUCCUUCGCGAAGGCGGCGAUCCGGACUGGCUCCAGGGACUGACGCAUUCCGAGCCCAAGUUGAUGGCUCUCGACGAGCUGAACAUGAUCUUGGCCCAUCAGCCUUGGAUGUGCACCGCAAAUCUCAUCAACGUAAGUUUUGUCACUGGAGGACAUUGUAUGAGAUGUUAUAACGACGAAGAAUCAUGAGAAAAUGUCACCCAAGCAAGAAAAACUGUACAAGGGCUACACGGCGGUUUUUUUUUUGACGGCUCUCCGCCCAUAUUUUUUCCGUAAAGUGUAGUGUAUAGUGUGCAUGCACUGCGGCGCUCUCGCUCAUACCGCGUUCAAAGUAAUUUUCGCGAAAUUGAAAAUCAUCUCUGAAUUUCCGAAAUUCGGUUAUGUUUUUCUUACUCUGACGACAAUUUCGCGGAAUUUUUUUGAACACACAAUGCAAAAAACGAAACAGAAAAAUUGCGUAAACGAGAAAUCGAUUCGUUUUUUUUGUCCUUCAGUCAACUAUAAAAAGAAACUAGGCUAGAAUGAAUUUUUUUUUUUCCAUUUUCAAAGUUUCAAAAAAUAUCGAAUUUCUGAAGAAAAUAUAUUUUAAUGAGUAUGCUAGUUAUCGCCGUUCUGUGUAUGCACCAAAAGUGUCAUAUGUUACGUAAUUUGUGGGCGAGGCCUCGUCAAAAACGGCAUUCUUAAUGAGGUGAGGGAAGGUGAGCGAGGCGUCGAAGUAUUUGAAUUUACAAAAAAAGUAAGUGCGCGCUCCGAAUAAAAUGACGUCAUAAUUAACGUGAGUUUUAAACGUUAAUAACUUGUUAAUUCGAUCGCCUUCAACCGCGUACUUGAAAUUUUAAAAAUCGCGCCAAAUUUUCUUUUUUUUUGACGUCCUCCCACCCCGUUUGGGAACGCCGUGCAAAAGAACGCUGUAGAAACAAAAAUUCGAAAUUUUCUAGUUUUUCAAACUUUCACUCUUUUUGAACCCAAGAAACAGCUCGUGUUGAAUAACUGUUUGUUAUACGACCCCCUGAUAACGAUAGUACGGCGCACUGGUCACUCUUUUGCGAGAUAAGACACUUUAUGCAAGAGAGUACAGGACAAACCCAGACCAAUGGGCGCUUUUGUUCAAUCAAUUUUGGGGUUUAAAGUGAUAAUGCUUCUUUGAUGAAAAAAAAAGCGAACGUUUAGGGACUGGCACGCCUGGGAUCUCCAUCGCCAGCCACGCAGUGGACUCUCGCCGAGCUGACACAGGCCGUUGUGAUCAUGGCCCAAACUCACGUCCUAUGCUCUUUCGUAUAUGCCAUCGGCGACAUCGAGCCCACCAACUUGGCCCCGUCAGUUUUUGAUUCAACAGCGAGAGUCGCAUUUAAAAGUGGUUAAAAAUCGUUGCGAACCGACCAAAAGCCUAUUUUGUCCAGAUUUUUCUGUCCGCGGUUAACAACAGGGUUGCAUUGAAACUUUUCCGAAACGGUUCUAAACAAAACUACAACUUGAGAUUAACUUGGUAGAUGUUUCUCCUGUCGAAAAAUCUCGGCUAUUACCGGUUCGAAAUAACUAAGAAAUUGGAAACGCAAAUCGUUGUCGGGACAUUUCUAGUGACAACUUUAGUAGCGUCAGCAUGCUUAAGUGAUCCCUAGAAAUGCACGCCCGGUUUUCCUUACCAAGGUGUGAGAACUAUCAUUUAUUCGUAAGCUAGCGUCUGUAUACUUAUAGAUCCAGAUGAAUUAUGAUUUUUUUGAACGGAUGUUAACCUUCCCUAACUUUCCAGAGCGGAGAUGCAGUUUUUGAAAUGCGACGACGAAGAAUAUGUGGCCCGCAACAAGGAAAACUCGCAAGAAUCUAUCGGAGAGGUCCCGGAAAUCCCGCAUAUCGAGAAGUCACUCGAGAAGAUUCAGGUGGAAGAGCUGUUGCGUCGAAUGGAAAAUCUGGAAACGACGGUCACUGAGGGCGCCCAGCACGAAACGACCUUCAACAACGCCAUAUCCGACGGCUCAGGUUCCACCUGAGAUCCCUAGGGAGUGUUCAUCUCCUUCUCUGCAGAUUCCACUGGCGGCGACUCUCCAGAAUCUGACGAUCGGGAGGUCGACGUCUCGCUGCCGGUUUUCUCCACCAACCCUCAGUUCGGAUAUGUCGACUUCAACAAUCGACGUGACAAAUCUAUCAAGACGUUCAAAAUUCAUGUUUGUUCUAAUCUUUGCGAAAGUUUUAUGAACGAUUCUUUCAGGAAUUCUCCUGGGAUCACGGCUUCAAUCUGAUCAGCGAGAGGAAUCACGACCUUGGCUCUCUGCUCGACGCUAAAUUCGCGCUUAUCCAAAAGCUCACCUAUUCUUUGUGAGUUGUCAUUUUUUUGGGGCUUUGGGGUCUUACUCAAAUCUAUGUUAUCCCAUUCCGAAACUCAAAAAGAUGGUUUCAGCAUGGGAACCUACACCGACGUAAACACGCGUAAGUAUCGUAUGGCGGUCUGGAACUACAUUCAGGCCUUGUACGGGAUCCGCUACGACGACUACGAAUACUCCGAGGUUCGUUGACCCCUUGAAAAGGCGCACGGAUACCCCGGCACUAAGGUAAACGUGCUCCUCGACCGCCCCACCAAGACCUUCAUCAAGCACGUCGCCUGUUCGCCGCACAAACUCAAUGAAGACCUCCGGCACAACGUUAUGAACGGUUUCAAAAUAUCUGAGAAGGUCAGUGGGAGUCAUUGAGUGGAGUAUAUGGGUCACAUUCCUUCGUUUUCAAAAUAAGGGCUUCAAAAUCUCUUUCUAAUUUUUCUACGAGUUGAUCUUUCAAUAAUACCGUUACCUUUAGUUUUGAUGGGCAACUUUUAGAGUUGGUUUUGGUCAACACUUAGGAACUCCAGAGUGGUCCCUAUAGUAGAAACUUUGAUGGCCCUUGGAGGAACCUCUCUAGAGGCCACUAAAACUUGUAAGAGUGAUCCCUGUAGCGGUUUUAGUUAGUGGCCCCUAUAGGGAAAAUUAUAGUCAAUAAAUUUUGUGAACUAUGAGCGAAGAAGCAUUUCCAUCGGAAAAACGGAAUGAAUAAGCGUUUUUGUAGGAAGUAAAAAGACCCCUAUAGAGAGCACUUGAGCUUAAGGGGCUAGACCCAAAAAUCCUAUAGGGACUACUUUUUUGACCCCGACAGGGGUUAUUUUCCCCCGUCACCCCUAUAGGGACCACUCUGGAAUUUCUCAGUAUCCUUUGAAAGACAAUAAUUCCAAAACGGGUUUUAUUAAUAAAAGUUUUUUUCUCACCUUGAUCCUAAGAUUCUGCGGUUUGAUUUUUUCAUGAAAAAACAGUUUCGAAGAGAAUCUGUAUAUAUGAAUUCAGGUUCACGUGAUACUUAUGGUGAUAGAAGCACGUCUUCAAGCAACGAUGCUCCACUUUACACGCGCCCUCACGAACUUUUACACUCUGACCAUUCCCAAAGGAGUGCACCUUCGGCCUCUCGACUGA